AAUCAGAGACAAACAAGAAGGAAAUAUCCUCAUACAUCAAGAAAAUUGGUUACAACCCAGCUGCCGUUGCUUUCGUACCAAUUUCAGGAUGGCACGGAGACAACAUGUUAGAAGGAUCUGACAAGAUGCCAUGGUUCAAGGGAGGGCAAAUCGAACGUAAAGAAGGAAAAGCUGAAGGAAAGUGCUUGAUUGAGGCUUUGGAUGCUAUCCUUCCCCCAUCUCGUCCAACUGAGAAACCCCUCCGUCUUCCACUCCAGGAUGUCUACAAAAUUGGUGGUAUUGGAACAGUACCUGUAGGUCGUGUUGAAACUGGUGUAUUGAAACCUGGUAUGGUUGUAGUAUUCGCUCCAGCCAAUUUGACGACUGAAGUAAAAUCCGUUGAAAUGCAUCACGAAGCCCUCCAGGAAGCAGUACCUGGUGACAAUGUUGGUUUCAACGUCAAGAACGUCUCUGUUAAAGAAUUGCGUCGUGGUUACGUAGCUGGAGACACCAAGAACAACCCACCCAGAGGAGCUUCAGACUUCACUGCCCAAGUCGUUGUUCUCAACCACCCUGGUCAAAUCUCAAACGGAUAUACCCCUGUACUCGACUGUCACACAGCUCACAUUGCCUGCAAAUUCGCUGAAAUCAAAGAAAAGGUUGACCGUCGUUCUGGUAAGACCACUGAAGAAAAUCCCAAAGCCAUCAAAUCUGGUGAUGCCGCCAUUGUCAACUUGGUACCCACCAAGCCCAUGUGUGUAGAAUCAUUCCAAGAAUUCUCACCCCUUGGACGUUUUGCUGUCCGUGACAUGAGGCAAACCGUUGCAGUAGGAGUCAUCAAGAGCGUUGCCUUCAAAGAUCCCAGCGCCGGAAAAGUCACAAAAGCUGCAGAAAAAGCCCAAUAGAAGAAAUAGUCUAUUUGGACUCCACUACUUAAAUAAUUUUGAUAUGUUUUGUUUCUUUUAUACAGAGUGUCCCAAAAGUAGUGGAACGGUCGAAUAUUUCGCGAACUAAACAUCGGAUCGAAAAACUGAAAAAUACGUGUUCAAUCAUUUUCAAAAAUCUAUCCAAUGACAUUAAACACCAACCCCCACUACACCCCCUGGAAGUGGGGUGGUGGGUAACUUUAAAAUCUCAAAUGGAAACCCCUAGUUUUUCUUGCAGAUUUGGAUUCGGUACGUAAAAGUGAGAAACUUUUAUUCAAGACAUUUUUUCGAACUGUGAAUAGAUGGCGCUAUGAUUGAGAAAAACGAUUUAUCCUGAUACCAUAGGUAAAUCAUAGAAACGGUCUAAUAUCUCGAGAAAUACACUUCCAAAUGAGAAACCAAAAAAAAGGUUUUUAAUACUUUUCGAAAAUCUAUUGAAUAACACUAAACAUGACCCUCCAACCCACCCCCUGGAUUUGGGGUGGGGGGUAACUUUAAAAUCUUAAAUAGCAACCCCCACUUUUUAUUACGGAUUCGGAUUCGUCAUGAAAAAUUAAGCAACACUUAUUCGAAACAUUUUUUAGAAUUGUUGAUAGAUGGCGCUUUAAUUGGAAAAAUACGAUAUAUUAGCGCCAUCUCUCAGCAAUUUUAAAAAAUGUUUCGAAUAAAUGUUGCUUAAUUUUUCAUGACGAAUUCGAAUCUGCAAUAAAAAGUGAGGGUUGCUAUUUAAGAUUUUAAAUUUACCCCCACCCAGUCUCCAGGGGGUGGGUUGGAGGGUCAUUUUUGGUGUUUAUCGAUAGGUUUUCGAAAAAUAUUAAAAACCUGUUUCUUGAUUUCUCAUUUGGAAGUGUAUUUCUCGAGAUAUUAGACCGUUUCUAUAAUUUACCUAUGGUAUCAGGAUAAAUCAUUUUCCCCAAUUAUAGCGCCAUCUAUCCACAGUUCGAAAAAAUGUCUUGAAUAAAAGUUACCUACUUUUAGGUAACGAAUUCAAAUCUGCAAGAAAAACUAGGGGUUUCCAUUUGAGAUUUUAAAGUUACCCCCCACCCCACCUCCAGGGGGUGUAGUGGGGGUUGGUGUUUGAUGUCACUGGAUAGAUUUUUGAAAAUGAUUGGAACGUAUUUCUCAGUUUUUCGAUGCGAUGUUUAGUUCGCGAAAUAUUCGACCGUUCCACUACUUUUGGGACACCCUAUAUAUUAAUAUUGGAGUAUCAAUGUAUUUUUAAUAACUAAUGGACUUAUUACUUGCAUUGCAUUAUUUGUGAUCUGUAAAUUAAACUUGGACAAACAGAGAAAA